CCGAGACAGGGGUUCGUCGGCUUUGAAGACAUGAAUGGAUAUGGUACCAUGAUGUAUCACGAGGAAUUUAAACCCCAGAUAUACAGGGCCGUCUACUCCAACGUCCCCGUCUACGAAAUGGAGGUGAAUGGUGUUGCCGUGAUGAAACGCCGCGCCGAUUCUUGGCUGAAUGCCACCCAGAUCCUCAAGGUUGCCGGUGUUGUUAAAGCGAGAAGAACGAAGACAUUGGAGAAGGAGAUCGCUGCCGGCGAGCACGAGAAGGUCCAGGGCGGAUAUGGUAAAUACCAAGGAACCUGGGUCAACUACCAGCGGGGUGUGGACCUUUGCCGCGAAUACCACGUCGACGAAAUGCUAAGACCCCUUCUUGAAUACGACAUGGGCCCCAACGGUACCACUGGUGCGGCGCUGGACUCCUUGGAUACCCCGACGAAGGAACAGGCGAUGGCUGCGCAAAGAAAACGGCUCUACAGCGGGAUGGACAAUCGGGGCAUGUCUCAACCCCAGCAAGGCACCUUCUUCCAAAACAUUUCUCGCACUGCCGCAAGCGCAGUCAAUGCCAUGAGCAAAGCCCGCUUCGACUCGCCCGCAGCCCGAGGCAUCGACGGCAGGCGAUCAAGUGUCAUUCGGAAGCCCUCGCAACAGAUGAGCAGCCAAGAGACCCACGUCCCUUUCAACAGUCAACAAAGCAUGUAUAGUGUGGCAUCUGAUAGCGGCUUUGGGAGUAACUUCCAGACCAAUGGACGCUUUCCUGUCCACGAUGGAGCUAGCUUUGACCAUGAAGAGUCGAAUGAACCCCCCCGCAAGCGCUUCCGGUCCUCCUCUCACCAUGCGCAGUCUUUUGCGACCCCUUAUGAGAAUUCGUUCUCAAUGAAGGAGCCUACACCAACGGAGCCAAACGAUUCCUUCUACCAGGACAUGGAUGUCUCCAAUUCCAUGAUUGAUGACAGCAAGCGCGGGUUUGAGCCAUUACCCCCAGCCACAACCCCGGAGAGGUUUCAGAAAAUGAAGCUCAUUAUGACACUGUUCCUCGAUAAGCGGACUAAGGAUUUUUCAAACCACCCCGCGUUAAUGCAACUGACCGGAGAGGAUCUGGAAACGCCGUUAGACGAAUACCGGAAUAAUGCCCUGCACUGGGCGGCGAUGCUUGCCCGGAUGCCUCUUGUUUAUGCGCUGGUCGAGAAGGGUGUCAGCAUCUUCCGCCUUAACGGUGCCGGUGAAACUGCGCUGCAGAAGUCUGUCGGCACAAGAAACAAUCUCGACUACAGGAGUUUCCCGCGCUUACUCCAGGUCUUGGCCCCGACGAUUGACAUGGUCGACUACAGUGGGCGAACCAUCCUCCAUCACAUCGCCGUCAUGGCCGCGACCGGCGGCGGGGGGCAUGUGUCCGCAAAACACUACCUGGAAGCCUUGUUGGAGUUCAUAGUUCGCCACGGUGGUACGUCGGCGAGCCAGCCAACUAACGGGGCGACGGAAAAUGGAAGAAGCCUGUCACAGCCGGGGGAGCUGAUCAAUCUCGCUCGUUUCAUAGCGGAAAUCGUCAAUCUCCGGGAUGAUCAGGGCGACACGGCCCUGAACCUGGCGGGGCGCGCACGCUCUGUUCUUGUCCCCCAACUGCUAGAAGUCGGGGCAGAUCCGCAUAUCCCGAAUCACACUGGUCUCCGGCCGGCAGAUUAUGGUGUUGGAGUGGAUAUGGUUGACGGCAAUGCUCAGUCGCAGCAGGCUGGCAGUGGAGACUCGUUCAUGGAUCAGCUUGCGAAGACAAAGAAGGAGAUCUUGGAUUCAACGUUGGCUCAAAUAAGCUCGAUGGUGCAAGAAACAUUGGGCGGCAUUGACCGAGAGCUGGCCUCCACGCUCACCAAGAAACAAGAAAAGUUUGACCACUGGCAUUCGAAGAUCCGCGAGACAGCCAAAGCUCGGCAGAUCGAGCAGAAGCAGCUUGACGAGUUGAAGCAAAGAUCCACCGAUCGAGUGGAGCUUAGUCGACGGUUCAAGAACCUGGAGAAGUCGUCGGAGGACCUUCUAGUGGUCUUGAAGGGCAUCCACGGCGAUUCGAUGGACGUAUCGAGUAUCCGGUCAAUAGGCGAUGCCGAUAAAGAGACUGGAAUCGACAUUGCGGGGUUUGAAGCCGUCUUCCCCGAAACAUUCGACCCCGGCUCUGGGUUUUCCGAGCAACAGGUCGCCUUCCUGCGGUCCUUGUCCGCGCCCGACAGCUUGCAACAGCGGGUCGAGUGCUAUUCCAAGUACAACGAGGACAUCCUGGACGAGGUGGAGCGCCUGCGAUCCAAGAACGUGGUGCUGGGGCAGAACUACCGGCGGAUGGUCAUGGCGUGCACGGGGUGGAGCGCGGAGCAGGUGGACGAAGCUGCGGAGGGGCUGACGCAGUGUGUCAAGGAGCUGAACGACAACCCGGUCCCCGAAGACGAGGCCAUCGAGAUCCUGAUGAAGGACCGCGGCCAGGACUGGUGAGUCGAUUGAUGUCCGGGACGAAAUGAGAGAUGUGAUGGUACAUAUGUCAGGCUCGGAUCCUUGGGAUUCGCCGCGGUCUUUCAAGCGAUACAGCGAUUCUUGUUUAUUGUUACUACCAGGUAUCUAUCUACCUAGGCCGGGAGCAUUGUUCAUACUACGACGGGGAUGGGGGCUUGGGUGUUCACGCCGGUGUUCUUUCUUUUUGUAUUGACGUCUUGUCUGUAUUUGGUGCAGAUACCCUCGGGACAUUAUGGCAU